AUGGAAAAAUUAAAUUCAACUAUUCACUCGGCUUUAUCUACUGUGCUGGUCAAAAAAUUGACAAAAAAUUGUAUAAACACAAUCGCAGAUUUUCUUCAAGAAGAUGUUGAAAAGAUAUCAAAAAUUACAAAAUUAGAUGUAGUUUGUAUAUUAGAUAUACGAGAUAUUAUUUUUAAAAAAUAUUCCGCCCCAUCAAUCGCUGGGACAACUUUACGUACCAAAUAUUUAACUGAAAAAAGAUAUCUGGAAACUGGUAUUAAAAGAUUGGAUACAAUUUUAAAUGGGGGUAUUCCAAUUGGAUUUCUAACUGAAGUGUGUGGCUUAGCUGGUUCCGGGAAAUCUCAGUUAUGUAUGCAACUAGCAAUUAACAGUGCAAAGCCGUCUAAUUCUGUAAUUUACAUUGAUACAAAAGGAGAUUUUUCAGCAGUUAGAAUACAAAAAAUCUUAGAAGCUCAUGGGCUAUCACACAAGGAAAUGGCAAUUAUCAUGCUGAACAUCAAUAUAGUGCAAAUUUUUUCAAUGAAUGAUCUUAUAAGUUUAUUAGAAUCAAUAAAAACUAAAAAGAUAGUUUUUGAUUGUUUAUCUCUUGUAAUAUUAGAUUCACUACCAUGUUUAAUGUUCCAGCAUUUUGGCGACAAUAAUAAAAUUGGUUUGAAGUUUCUUAACAUGUUUGUUAACCUUGCAAGAUGUAUUAGUAAUGAAUUUAGGACAUGUUUUAUAUGUGUUAAUAUUGAAACCAGAUGGGUUGAUCAAGAACAAGUACCAGAUUUAGAUGAUGAGGACGAUAAUUUUGGAGAACCUGCUUACUUCGAAAUAAAAAAUAGGUGUUUGGGAAAGUAUUGGCGACAUAUUCCUGUGCAGGUGUUAUCUCUUCAAAGAGCGUUUGAAUCAGAGACUAAAAAUUGCAUAAAUAUAAAUGUAAUAGCUGAAAAUUAUAAUAAUCCAUGUUCUAAACUUCAGUGCCCAAUAUCAAUAAAUUAUUCGGGAGUAUUUUAA